AUGAGGCUCGGAGGCGGCGGCGGCGGCGGCAGCAGCCCGCGGGCGGCGGGCCUCCCCGCGAACGGCAGCCGGUGGCGGGGGGCUGAGGAGGGCGGCAGCAGCCCCAGCCCCGAGGCUUGGUCGCGGGCGCCCAACGGCAGCGCGGGCGACUGGGACCCGUUCGGGCGGGACGAAGAGCUCGCCAAGCUAGAGAUCGCCGUGCUGGCCGUCACCUUCGCGGUGGCGGUGCUGGGGAACGGCAGCGUGCUGCUGGCGCUGCGGCGCACCCCGCGCAAAGCGUCCCGCAUGCACCUCUUCAUCCGGCACCUCAGCCUGGCCGACCUGGUGGUCGCCUUCUUCCAGGUGCUGCCGCAGCUCUGCUGGGAGGUCACGCACCGCUUCCACGGCCCCGACGGGCUCUGUCGCGUCGUCAAGCACCUGCAGGUGUUCGGCAUGUUCGCCUCGGCGUACAUGCUGGUAGCCAUGACCGCCGACCGUUACAUCGCCGUGUGCCACCCGCUGAAGACGCUGCAGCAGCCCACCAAGCGCUCCUACGCGAUGAUCGCGGCCGCCUGGGCGCUCAGCCUGCUGCUCAGCACCCCGCAGUACUUCAUCUUCAGCCUCAGCGAGGUGGAGCGCGGCUCGCGGGUCUACGACUGCUGGGCUCACUUCAUCAUGCCCUGGGGGCCCCGCGCCUACGUCACCUGGAUCACCGGCGGCAUCUUCGUGGCUCCCGUGCUCAUCCUCGCCACCUGCUACGGCUUCAUCUGCUUUCGCAUCUGGCGCAGCGCCCGCGGCAGAGCGCGCCCCGGGGAGGCGGCGGGCGGCGGCCCUCGACGGGGGCUGCUCCUCGCCCCCUGCGUCAGCGGAGUCAAAACCAUCUCCCGCGCCAAGAUCCGCACCGUCAAGAUGACCUUCGUCAUUGUCUCGGCCUACGUCGUCUGCUGGGCGCCCUUCUUCACUAUCCAGAUGUGGUCCGUCUGGGACCAGCGCUUCUCCUGGGUCGACUCUGAAAACACUGCAACCACCGUCACUGCCCUCCUGGCCAGCCUGAACAGCUGCUGCAACCCCUGGAUCUACAUGUUCUUCAGCGGGCACCUCCUACAGGACUGUGUGCAGAGCUUCCCUUGCUGCCAAAAGAUAAGGCAGACGCUAAGCAAGGAGGAUUCAAACAGCAACAGCAGGCGACAGACUUCUUUCACCAACAACCGGAGCCCGACGCAAAGCCUGAACACCUGGAGGGAGUCUCCCCACUCCAAGUCCACCAAUUUCAUUCCCGUGCCCACCUGAGGCCCUGGGCAGGUGGGCCUGAGCACGUGGGGCUGGGCAUGGGCACCGGCCAUGGCAGCAAGGAGGGACAACGAUGGCCACAGGCCGACAUGUGUUGCCUUGCUUGGUGAGCUAUUCUGCAGCCUGUAAGUUGUUGUGUGAAAGGUAUUUAGGGCUUGGGCAACUGAUCAGAAAGUCAUGACAAUAAUAAAGCGAUUCUUUUUCUAAAUAGAAUUUAAUCUUCAUUUUAUUUUUUGUUUCUGAAGCAAUACGUGUGCUACUUGCUCAUGCCAAGCAGUACAAAUGGCAGAGUUGGCCUACAUGGGGUUAACCUUGCUCUCUAGCAUUUCACGCCUAAAACUUCUCACACACAGAAAGAGAAUGCAAAAGCAGGAUCACAAUUUGGUCUGGAAUACCAACAGGAAGGAGUUGGAAUAAAGUCCUCACUGACCAGACUAGGACAAUUUAAUGACAAAAUGUAACAGCCUUUGAAAAGGCAAAUCCUCUGUCCAUGACAUGCUACUGCCCAUGUAUGUAUGUGGACUGAGGUGUUUGAAUUUUAGGGUGACAUCUCCUCUUCGUGUUGAUGGAGGCUACACAGCAUUUUUGUUUGAUUUGUUCCAUCUGUCUUUAAUUUUUGUAACUAAUUUAAAGAAAUACUGCCAUAUAUCAGUAUCACAGAAUUACAGAAUCGAGGUUGGAAAAGACCUUUAAGUCCAACUGUCAAUGCAUGACCACCAUGUGAUAUCACAGUGAAUUCAGUUCCCAGUACUUUCCCUCAAAAAUGGACACUGAGAAUGUUGUAGACAAAAGGAUGCAAUCCCCAUUGCUUGGCACUAUCAUCUCUCAAAAUUAAAAUGAGAUCCAGAGCACCACUUAGCAGCCAAGCUCAUGUAAGGCAGGCAAUGGCAUCUGGGUCUGAGGGGUAGGGAGUCGAUAUGGUAAGUUUUGAUUAGCUCAGCAUUAUUGCAAACAGACACACGAGGAGAACUCAUCACAACUCCCAGAAUCACUGUGGGAAAUAGUUGUAUCUCUUCUUUUUGUCUUCACAAUGACAGCUAGUAUCAAGCUGCAUCUGGUUUCUAAGUAAAUAGCCCCAUCAAUCUGGGGGAAUGUUACUAUUUGGUAAUGAUGGUAGAAUCAGUACAUUCCAAGACACAGUUUUGGGAAUUAAGCUUGCUGGGAAUGUCGAUAAAAAUUGCCAGUUAUUUAUUUGUGACAGAUGAUGGCAAUGUGGGCUGUGAAAAUGGCAGUAAACUACGAUAAAGUCACCACACUGCAUUACCUAAUUGUCAAGCACUCAAGGUGAGUUUGCUUCCACUACCAUGCAUGCCAAGCCAAAAAUAGUUCCUACUACUUCUAAAUAAUCCUGUUCUGUCUUUGUGUGGAGACCGUGCUGUACCUGGUUUGAAGAUCCCUGAGUAGUUUUUGCUGUGUUAUCAAAAUCCUGAAGACCUCUUUUAUGUGUCUUGCAUUUACAGUAGUGAAACCAAAAAGAGACCCAUUCCUGUUCAGCCAGCAUCUGUGUGAUGCUCUGUUCCUCUCAUCCGUUAUGCUCUGUUCUCCCCAUCUGCUCCACUUUCCUCAGCUGUUUGGAUCCCAAUAUCCAGUUGUUCCCCUGGCACCACAUGGGACUCCUGAUGUGGUUCCAUCUGGCUGUAUAAAAUGUGUGUGCUUCUGUUGGCAGUCAGAAACUUGAAAACACUUUUUCCCCACCAAACCCAGACAACCAAGAUUAUUUUCCUAAUAUCUUGAGGAGAAAAAAAAUGGGGCUGCAAUGGUAGUUUUCGCAGAGGAUGAGGCAGGCCCCAUACUUCUCUCAGUAGUGGUAGUGGAAAUUAGUAGAACUGAAUGACGGAUAAGACCAUAAGCAACCCAUCAUUCACUCCACAAGCUCCCAGCUGUAUUGCUGGGCACUGAAAAAGGAAGAAUAUUCCUCAAAAAUGAGAAAUUAAAUAACAGAAAAGUGAGGUUUUGUUUUCACCUAAGAAAAUUGUAGCCCUUUUCUCCGUACUUUUCUUGGUAUUUUCUGCACUCCAGGGGAGCAAUCUGUUCUGGUUUGUUCUUGGUGGUGCCUAAAACACUAGAACCCAAAGGACGACAUGAUGGACUGGAUCAUAUUUGGUGGGCUGCCUUUUUGGUCACUAUUACUAUUACAGAUAUGACUGCAACUCUCACCAGUUUUGGGUGAAGGUAUAUGACAAAUAAGUUACAUUUUAGUCCAAAAAAUGCAUGAAAUGGAGCCCUGUGUGUAUUUGUGCGUAUCGUAUAUAGUGCCUAUACUUCACAAGUGGGUAAUUCACAAUUACUGGAAUUACAGAUGUCUCAAGUAUAAUACUCUUUGCCUGGUUUUAUAUUUGUAUUACAUAUGGUCUGUACAAAAUUUUCAUGUUUGCUGAUUUGAGAUGCUUUUGUAUUACACAUUUUAUUCAAGCAGAGAAGACUGAGAAAACAAGUAUACAAUAAUAUUGAUUGUAAAACUAGGCUGGGUAAUGACUAGUAGAUCAAAAGAGUAGACUGGCUCAAAAUUAUAAUUUUCAGCUUCUUCCAGGUGAGUUACAAAGCCCAGGCUUAUAUUUGGGGCAUGUCAAUGUAAGUGUACACUGUGAGUGUUCUACGUUUUCUGUAAUUAAAUCAAUAAAACAAAUUUGGAGUAUUUGAA